AUGUCUGUGCCUGCCCUUGUGGAUGAACUGCGCCAGAUGUGCAAGAGCAGGCAGAUAGAGGAAUUUUGGAAAAGAUGCGGAGAGUUGAGCGCGAUUUGGACAGAGGAGGGGAAAAGACCAGCUUCAGAUCAAGCUAUUCACUCAGUUAUCGGCCAGUUGGACUCGAUCCUCGCUGAGAACAAUGCAGACAACAGUUACUGCCUUGUAAGCCUGGCGAUAUUGAUGAUCAGAAGUAACCUCGAAAAAGAUAUAAAAGAAAAAGGCGAUCAUGAGAGGCAAUUGCAAUCCUGCGAGUUUUACCUAAACCAAAUUGAAUCAUUUAUCAACGGAAGUGCACAACUCGAAGGUUUUUCCCCUCCACUGAAUCGACGAAAAGCGAUGGUGUCCAAUCUCAGCCUCUUACUGGAGCAAAUCCGCGAUCUUCUCUUCCUCAACAUUGAUAGGUCUCUGGAACUUGUUGAAAGAGCCCUAGAGUGGGCCCAGACGAACGCUAGCGAGAUUACUCCCUUUCACACCCAUCUCUGCGUCCUUUCACUCAAGGGCGGCCGGUGGAGCGUGAUCCUUCCACAUCUUAAACACAGCCUCUUUGAAAUCAGCGAAGGUUUCUCGAAACCAGAAUCAUUCAUUUUAUUCUUCUACUACGGCGCUAUCAUAUUCGGCGUGAACAGGCAAUGGAAAUCGAUGGAACAGUACCUUAUCAAUGCGUUCGCCUGUCCGUUUAACCAACACAGCCACAUCCUUAUAGACGCUUUUAAAAAGUACCUCCUUGUCGGAUUAAUUCUCAACCGAAAAGAAGACAAAUUUGCCACUUACAUGCACAAAACACGAGCCCAGAACUCUCUUUUCGCGGAAAAGCAGCCCAAGCCAAUGCGAAAAAAAGACCGACGUCGACCUAGCCACCAGCCGGCAGACGUUCUCUGCGCUGAAUCACUUGAACAAGCGAAUCGAAUCAAUCGCAUUUGGCCGUACAAUUACUUCGUCAAAGAAUGCAGAAAAGACAACGAGCGAGAAGUGAUGCAAAAGAUGAAAAACGUAUUUGAAGCGGAUGGGAAUCUUGGAUUAGCAGAAGUGGCAGUUCAGACGCUUCAAGAAAGACGAGUGAAGAACUUGGCUGGCUUUUAUGUUACAAUUCCGCUUUCGAAAAUCUACGGAUACAUUAAUCUAGAAUCAAAUGAACAAACGAAAAAUCUUAUAGAGCGUAUGAUAAGGGAAAACGAGCUGAAAGCCCGGCUUGAUGGCGAGAAUAUUCAUUUCUUCGAGCGCGACAAGAAAGAAGAACAGAAAGAGAUGUUCGCCCGAAUCUCCGAAAACUCACCCGUCCUAUUGGAUUUGAAAGAACGGCUUGACUCGCUGAUGAACGAAAAGGAGCUUGACCCGUCGUAUAUCCAGGCGAAGAUGAGCUAUCAAGAGAGGGAGAGUGACUCGACUGCGAAGCCCUACACCUCGCCUGCUUUCAAAGAAAUACUGAAAAAGCACCAAGAGCAAAAAGAAAAAAUAAAUCAAGAGUCCUUCGAAGACAGAGGCUGCAGUAAUGUGCAGUGCAAUCUCAUCGCAGUCGUCGGAAACGUCACUGGUCCGAACCACAAAAACAAAACCGGAUUCAAAGUCGACGUUGAGCUUUUCGACCGACUGCCAAAUGGCGAGAUCAUCAAGGGCGCGAUUAACUUCUGGUCGAACGUUGAAGAUAAAGCUUGUUCCUGGCUGUCUCCAGCAGUCAAGGGUGGCGAUAUCGUUGUUCUCAUUGGAGUGUCGGUGCAAAUUAUCGGCACGAGAAUGGGCCCAUUCGGCAAAAUUCAAUACUUCGGUUCGAACAGACGACGACAUGUGUUGGUCUACCCGAUGGAGAAUCUCAUGACAAAAGAUGCCACCGCUUUCAAGCUUGGCUCCGCGACGAUCUUUGAUCCCCAUCAUCCCGUUUUAAAUUUCAGAAACUUUGCGAGAGAAGAAAAAUUUGAGAGUGAGAUUUCCAGCCGAUUGGAGAAACUUGUGAAGACGCAUGGAGAACAAAUGAGAUCAGCGAGGAAGAAAUUCGUAGUCGGAAUCGUGGAAGAAGUCAUCUACAAAAAGGAUGAAUUGAACGUUCCAUGUCUUAUCCGCAUCAAGACGAAGGACUUGACCUCGAAAAUCUUCAAAAAAGAUGCACCGGAAACUAUCAACCAUUUCGAGCAAGAAAUUUGGGCGGCGAAGAUGCAAGAAUCCCUCCGCAAACGAAACUGUCGAGUGGAAACUUCAGCUUCGAAGAAGACCAAGAUGAUAACUGGGCAAAUCUUUUACGUGACUUUGUCGGAUUUGGCAAAAGAAGCGAUUCCAGCUCUGAAAGAAAAGCUGAAGCCUGACAAUUGCAUCAUCCUCAACCGCGAUCGCAUCGAGGCGAUGGCUGGCGGAAACAUGAUCGAGUACAAGAUGCGAUGGGAUAACUACUCCUUUCCGGAGGGAGCAAUUCAAACAGCUGCCCUCAACGAAAUUUCUUUCACUGCUGGUUAG